AAGGUGUGUGCGUCACCAAAGUCACGCACUACGUUGAUCAAAACGUCCCAUUCAUCUCAACAAUCAUUGCUUUUUGAAUGUCUUCUGGAAAUGUUAUCGUCAUUCCCGUGGAUGGGAGUAAAAACAGCGAUCGAGCAGUGAACUGGUAUCUAGAACAUCUUCACUUGAAAGGUGACAGAGUCGUAUUUAUCCAUGCAUUUGAUCCUCCACCAAUGCAGUCGGCAAAACAUACAAGUGUUGAUUUCAAGAACAGCUAUGAUGAGUGGUGCAUUGUAAUUCAGAAAGCACAAGAUAAGGCCAGGUGCCUUUUGUCAGAGUACGACCAGAAGUUUAUCCCCCUUAAGGGACAACUGUCAUACAAGAUGAUCCAUGAUACAGGCAGUCCAGGAGAUGUCAUAGUGAGCUACAGCAAGAAAGAAAAUGCGACAACCAUAAUCAUGGGCUGCAGAGGACUGGGAAAACUGCGGAGAACAUUGCUUGGCAGUGUUAGUGAUUAUGUUGUUCGGCACUCAUCAAUACCUGUUGUUGUUAUACCACCUGCUUCGUAAAAUUCUUUGUGGUAGUUUUUUUUUCAAUGUAUCUACACUGCACAUAUGUGCUGCCUUUCUGCAGAUCAUUCAUUCAAAGGUUUUAUUUAGGUCAAUCUCAGGCUUUGUCAUUCUUUAUCAAACAAUCAUUUUUGGUUCAGUUUGCUAAAUUAUCUUUGGAUUUUUCUCACUUAGCAUGCUAUUACUAAUUUUUUAAAAUUUCCAUUUAUGUUAUUGUACAUUAAAUGCAAUUAACAAGGCUGAGUCAUUUCUUCCACUUACAUCAGACGAAUUUAUUUAUUGACACUAAGUCGCUAAACCACUGAGAAACUUCGUACAUGUACAUGUAUGUAGAGAUUGGGUGGAGAGUGGGCCCGGCAUUUUACACGAAAUGUGAUUUUACCACGAUAUUAAAAGAUCUAAUUGAUCACUACGAAGGGUCUUUAGAAAUACUAACAGUAGCCAUAGAUUGUAAAUGGGUAUUUAUCAUAAGAUUUAAUAAUUAUAUUAAUUGUUGUUGGGUUUACUGUGUAUCACCCAUUAUAUUUUUGCCAACCAACUAAGAAGGGAUUUGUCAUCUAAGUUUUCUUUAGGCAGAUGACAUGAAUUUACUGUGAUAGAGCUUGAAAAUACUGACUUUCGUAAUUACUGUCAGACAAGAAAAUUUGCAAAAAAAAAAAUGGAUUUUGGCCCAAUGGGGAAAAGUAAUUUGAGUUAACACUAAAUUUUGUUAUUUACUCUGCUUGGCCAGAAUUGCAGCCAAGAUAAUUAAGUCAUAAAUUCUUGCUGUUUAAUGUAGAAGCUAAGGAAGCAAGUAAUAAAAUUACCUUAUUUAACUAAUGGAAUGAAACUUUAACAUGGAAUGAAUGCAGUUGCGUAUGAUAAUUAAUUGCAAUUGGACUGAUGUUUAUUUUACACCCACAAAGUAUUUUUUCAUGGCAAUAAUACAUACGUGUAUUAAUUCAAGACUCUUGAGUAACCAAAGAAAGUUGGUAUGAUGAAAUUAUAAUAAUAUCAUAAGACGUUGUUUGUUAGUCUCUGUUUGGUAUUGUUUGCAGUUCUUUGUUCGCAUAUUCAAUCUCUUUGUGAGGGUUGUCAUUUUGUAGCCUGCCUUGCAGAUAGUCUAAACCACCAGUAUAGUGUGGGGAUUUUGUGAUACAUCCGUCUGCAACUCAGGCUAUCAUUUUGAUGACUCUCUAGCUUUGUGUGUUAUAAUACUCUUUCACAUACAGUCAUUUCACUUAAUGUAACAGAAUAUGGAUAUACGGUAUAAGAUUACUUAAAACAAGUAUAAUCAUCUUCCAUGAUGCUUAAUAAGCCAUUUUCUAAAAAAUAAUGGAAAUGAAGAAAUAUUGUUCAUUGCUGGUUGCAUAAUGAGCUGGAAAACACAAAAGGGUGAAUAAAAUCCACAAUUUGGCA